CACAUACCUGUUGUCAACACAUUGAUAUCCCCCCCACCACAUACUUUGCCACCUCCGCCAAUAGAAAAAUGGAUUCGUACCCCUAUUACACGGCGUAUGUUGCGACAGUAAUUAUCGCAGUUCUACUUGUCUGUCGGAGAAUCAGGCCGCAAGUAUAUCUUUCACUCCCUCCUGGUCCUCGCCCAUGGCCCAUCAUCGGAAAUCUUCUCGACUUUCCGUCAGCCGCUCCAUGGACGACUUUCGAUCGUUUGGGCAAGACAUAUGGAGAUGUCAUUCACAUGCGUGUCAUGGGUCACUCGGUUGUUGUCUUGAUGUCGGUGCAAGCCAUCUCGGACCUACUUGAUAAACGCUCUUCCAUUUAUUCCGAUAGAAUCAGGUCCAUCUUCCUUUGUGAUCUAGUUGAAGCAGGAUGGGCAAUGGUCCUUCAGGGUUACACGGACAGUUGGCGCCGAUCUCGCCGGGUUUUCCGGCAGUAUUUCAAUCGUGACGUAGCUCCAAAGUUUCAGGAAAUACAGCGAGAAGAAACACAGGCGUUCUUAUUACGUCUUCACCGAUCUCCUGAUGAGGUUCAAGGCCUUGUACGCCACCUGUUCUCGUCUAUGAUAAUGAGGAUCAUGUACGGUAUUAAAAUUUCAGAACAGAACGAUCCUUACGUAGCUAUUGCCGAGGAGGUCAUGAAGGGAUUUAGUGAGGCUGGUCAGCCGGGGCGAUUCUAUGUCGAUUUUAUCCCUUUCCUGCGGUAUAUCCCUACAUGGUUUCCAGGCGCUCUUUUUCAUAAGAGGGCCGCAUCUCUCAAGCCAGUAUUCAACGCCAUGGUGAACAAGCCAUUUAACGUAGUAAAGGACUCUAUAGUGUCGGGAAGUACCAUACCUUCUGUAGUGUUGUCCAUGCUUGAAGGAAUCCAUGACGGCACCAGAAGGGAAGAAGAUGAAAUGGCAGUAAAAAGUAGUGCCGCCUCGGCGUACGCUGGUGGAGCAGACACGACGCGAUCUGCGAUCCAACUGUUCCUUCUCGCUAUGGUGCUGUAUCCCGAUGUACAAAGGCGCGCUCAAGCAGAGCUGCAGAGCAUAGUUGGCUCUAAUCGGAUGCCAGCUUUUGCAGAUCGCCCUUCUCUUCCAUACGUGCAGGCUCUCAUCCUUGAGAUACUGCGAUGGCAACCAGUGGCACCUCUGAGUAUGCCCCACAGCACCUCCAGUAGCGAUACAUAUAGAGGAUAUUACAUCCCAAAGGGUGCCAUCGUGAUCGGCAAUGCUUGGUCUAUUCUUCAUGAUCCUCAACAUUAUCCGAAUCCUUUCAGCUUCAACCCUGAAAGAUUCCUGAAGAAUGGAAGAUUGGACUCGGACGUACUGAGCCCGACUGUGGUAUGCUUCGGCUUUGGGAGAAGAAUAUGUCCCGGUCAAUUCUUUGCCCUGGAUUCUCUUUACAUAAUAGUCUCCUCCAUCCUGCAGUUGUUCGACAUUUCACACAAGAUAGAUGAAUGCGGGCAACAGAUCGCAGUCGAUGUUCGCCUGACGUCUGGCCUAAUUUCCUCCACCGAACCUUUCGCAUGUUCGUUUAAACUUCGGAGUGCUGCGGCUGAGGCUUUAUUCUCUAGUUUACCAGACUGACCUUCCGGUCUCGUGUGAAUUGACUCCGUUGUGACCAACAAUGUAUUGUUUUUUAAUAGCACUUCUAUGAUGAUACUGUGCCUCUUAAUGUCCAGAUUUGCACCGACACAAGAACGCGAACAAGCAAAACAUGUUGGUGGAGCUUGCAUCAUUCAAGACAAUGUGGCCAACAUAAGCCCUUACCCCAUGAUGGUCGGAUCUUGAGCAGUGCCUGGAAUGAUAACACGGAUGACAUUAUCAUAGGACGCAACCACGCGGCGCAGAGAAAGCUGUCGUAAUUCAAGGUCAGAGUGUUUGCGGUGCCUCGCAGGAAGCACUGGUCAGACCCGUUCUCCUUUAGCUUGAGGUCUGCUGAUGAUUCACACACAUAGAUGACUGUUUCCACUGUUCCGUGAUUGAUCUGAUCCUUUCAGUGAAUGCUGAAUCCAUGCUCUGCGUGAGUGGAUACCAGAAAGGGACUCUGACGGCUGGGGGAACUUGUCAGGCCCUGAGUGAUACACUCUGAGGAGUCGAAGGUUGAUUAAAUCAGUGCCUGCUAUCAUUUCAUUCUCUAAGAUGGUUGACUCCCGCGGGCGAACAUUUGGAUAAUCCUGAGAUCAUGUCCCGCAAAUAGACAUAAAUUCUGCAG